AUGUGGCCACCAAAGAUAAGAUCAGAUCUGAACACUAGAAAGUAUGAUGCCCUAUGUGAGUUCCACCAGGAACGCGGGCACAAAAUGGAAGAUUGCGUCGCCCUCAGACAAGAGGUCGUAAAUAUGUUACGGCAAGGGCACCUUAGAGAGUUGUUAAGCGAUAAAGGGAGGACUAACUUUGCGAGAGGACGUGAACAUCAAGGCUCGCCAAUGCCUCCAUCGCCAGGUCGUACCAUCAACAUGAUUAUCGAUGGCAGCGACGACGCCUCUAACUAUGUGAAGUUCACCACCACUCACAAAUGCAAGCGGUCUAUCACCCGCGAACGAUAUGACAGACUCGAAAAAAGUAUCAUCUUCGAUGAGUCGUAUGCCGAUGGUUUGACUUUCCCUCAUAAUUAUGCCCUCGUUAUUACUUUAUGCAUUUUAGAUACUGAUGUCAAACGCAUCAUGGUGGAUGAUGGAAGCGGUGCAUGCAUUAUCCAUCCUCGAUUCCAUACCCAAAUGAGGCUCGAGGAUAAGAUAGUUAUGUGCUACAUCACGCUAACCAGUUUUAAUAAUGCAGUUGAGCGAACAUCCUGGGAAAUUACACUCCUCGUCUUGGCCGGCAAUGUGACUCUAGAGACGACAUUCCACAUCAUGGACCAUGCCAUUACGUACAAUGCCAUAGUGGAACGACCAUGA